GUGCUUAUAGGCCUUAUAAAUGUCAACUCCACGAGCGCAUGGAUUUUGUACAAAGUUACUUGUUUAUUCACUGAAUCAGAUGUUAUUGGUAUGCAGUUGGUAUGGGAAGUAGGUUGGGGAAGUUCUUGAAUUCGUGUAUAAUCUGGAACGCUUGACAUUGACGUAUAGUGUGACGGAAUUUGACAUUUCACGUUUACGUCGUGGUUUGUCUUCUCUGCGAAACGGCGUGUUGAAAGUGUCAAUGUACCAGUAGUCCACUGUGCCGAGCUGAAAUAUCUAUUACUUUAGACAAUCGAUUGUGCCGGCAAUUAUGUCCGAUGCUAAUGCAGAUGUAACAUUGGAAGCAGAAAAUCCUCAAGAUGGCAAUGUGUCAGAAUUUGACAUUAAAAUUCGGGGAGAAUGGGACAUAACUACUCCCAAAAAAUCUGAAGUAUUUUACAAUAAAGCUUUCGCCCUAAAUAGGGCAAUUAUUAGUACUGCAUUGGCAGCAUACAUGGAUUUGGGUGUAUCAGUAUUUGACCCUGUUCGAUGCCUAGAUGGCAUUGGAUCAACAGGCAUUGGAGGUUUACUAUGGAAAAAGUAUUUCCCCACUGGUAUCAAUGUUACCAUCAAUGAUACUCAUCCAAAAGCUUAUGAAUACAUUAAAGAAAAUGCUACUCAGAAUAAUUUGGAGGUUACUGUCUUAAAUAAGGAUACGUGUGUGUUGUUGCAUGAACAGACUUUUAAUUUCAUUUCUCUGGAUUGUCACACAGAAGCAGCUUUUUAUUUUGAUUCUAUAUUUCGAAAUCUUCCAAAAUUUGGAUUUUUAGCUAUUACAACUAAGGAUGAUGCUUCAUUGCAUGGCAUGUCCCCUAAAGCAUUAAGAAAUUAUGGAGGUUUCAUAUCAAGAACUGCUUAUUCCAAGGAAUUGGCAAUUCGAUUAUUUUUGGCUGCUCUUGCAAGGGCAGCUGCACUUCAUAAUAAGGAUAUCGAAGUGCUCUGCAGUGUAUCAUGGAAAUCUUCAUUCACAGUGCUAGUAAUGGUGAAGAGAGGAGCUAAAAAGAGUCUAAGUAAUAUUAGACGUUUGAUUCAUUGCAACAUGUGUGAAGACCGUGCCUUUUAUCCAAUCUCAAAUCAUCCAAUAGAAAAUCCAUCCUCUCUCUUGGGCUGUGGUUGUCCAGCACGAAUGCCAGGGAAAGUUGCAAUAGAGUUGGGUCCAGUGUGGUGUGCUGAGAUUUUUAAUGUCGAUUUUCUGAGUUUAAUGCUCUCCAAAUGUAAGAAAUUUCCAUGGCAGCACACAGUAGAAGCUCUGCUCCAGCAGCUUCUAAAUGAAGCAAGAUGCAGUUCAUCGAGUUGCAUAGACACACUGACUGAUGAAAAGGUUGAGCCUCCAAAUAAAAAACUCAGAUUGAGCUCUGAUGAAGAUACAAUUGAACAAGCCCCGACAUUUUAUUUCAACCUUCAUCGGCAUUCCCCCAAAGGUCCUCAACUUCUACGAGUGGAAAAAGCGGUUCAGUGUUUGCAGAAGAAAGGUUUUAGAGCAAGUCGGACUCAUUUUGAUCCAGAAGCUGUGAGAACUAAUGCUAGUCUGAAAGACUUGGUGGAAAUUUUGCGUGAAAAUUCAAGUAUCAAAUGAAAAAGAGAAUUGAAAUGUGUUUUGUUUAUCUGAAAGAAAAUCUUAAUUUUGUGUAGAAAUUAUUUUUUGAAUAUUUGACAUUAAAACAAUUUGGUUGGUGCUUUGUUUACUAAAGAAGAAAUCAUUUGCCUGAAGUGGAAAAGAGAGAAACAUGUCCUUCAGCAGUAAUAACCUCUGAGGAAGAAUGUUAGACUGAUAUUUUUCGUAUUAUCUAUUACCUUUAUUUUGCUUCUUGCCUUAUUUGAUUUUUUUUUUAAUUAAAUGAUGUAUCACUGUCUUGAUGCUGUACUUUCAGUGCAGAAAACAAAGUAAAUUAUUGAGAUAAAUAGUUUAUAACUGUAUAAAUAACAUUGCUGUAAUAAGCACAAUAAACAUUUGAUUAAUGAAAGUUAAAGAUUAUUUUGUAAUAUAACAAUAUUUUACAUCCAUUAAAAUAUUUUGCAUGUUGCCAACAUCAUUCUU